AUGGCGAGGAAUCAUCAGAUCUCGUACUGCAUUCUCCUGGCGAUCCUACUCGCCGUACCGCUCACGAACGCCGCCAUGGACUACCAAGCGGCGUUGCUGACGCAGUUCAUCGAGUACCAGCAGGCCCAAGCUGCAAAAUCAGCAACCGCAGCCGGGCCUGCCGAAACCGACCCAUGGGCUGACCCCGUGAGAAGCUUCGGUGACUUGCCCACGUCCUGCAGCUACCCCAAGGGCAGCAAGGAGGCCGACAGGGUCACGGCGCUGCCGGGGCAGCAGCCGCCGCGCGUCAACUUCGAGCAGUACGCGGGGUACGUGACGGUGGACGAGGAGCACGGCCGCGCGCUCUUCUACUACUUCGUCGUGCCCCCCUAUGACGCCGCCUCCAAACCCCUCGUCCUCUGGCUCAACGGAGGGCCAGGGUGCUCGUCGCUGGGAUGGGGCGCCAUGAUGGAGCUCGGCCCGUUCCGUGUCAACCCCGAUGGCAAGACGUUGAGCAGGAACAGGGACGCCUGGAACAACGUGGCCAACGUGAUCUUCCUCGAGUCGCCGGUCGGAGUCGGGUUCUCCUACUCCAACACGUCGUCGGACUACGACGAAAGAGGCGACAGGUCGAUAGCAGUGGACUCGUACAUCUUCUUGCUCAACUGGCUCGAGCGGUUCCCUGAAUACAAGGGCCGCGACUUCUACAUCGCCGGCGAGAGCUACGCCGGCCAUUACGUCCCUUAG